UCUCUGAUCCUCCCGUUGCCACACACUCACCACUCCUGUGUUGUGUGUGAUCAUCGAGCUAACAGCCUGCCGCCCUGUGUUGCUUUUGCUUUCCCUUUCUCCCUCAUCAACUCACAGCAACAACAAAUAUCUCCUCUUCCACGAGCUGGAAACACCAUCAUUACUAGCUAGCUCGAUCCUUGAUCGUCUUUGAUUAACCGGUAAAUUAGCAGCCGGAUUUAUUUUCUGAACUGUUGUGGUUGCAUUGUUCUUGCUGUUCCAUUGCCGGCCAUUUGAUUGGUUGUCAUCACCGACGACGAUCUGCCGGUGUGUCUUGCUUGCAUCUCUAGCUCCGUUAAUAGUUCCAUGUCUUCGCCUGGUAGCGUGGGCAUGCCGGGGUCCAAGAAAUUCAGGCAGGCGAUCCUCAAGAACCUUCUCCUAGGGCUCAGGAAGGGCGGUGCCGCGUCCAGGGGCAUGGGCUUCCACGAGAGGAGGAGCGCCAUCAGGCGCGCCGCCGACGCCGCCCUCGCCACCGCCAGGGGCGCCGCGCCGCGCUGGAGCCGGUCCCUUGCGGCGGAGCUCUCGCCGCAGGGCCGCCUUCCUCCUGCCACGAGCGCGCCUUCGUCGUCCGAAUGCAAGCUGCCGAGCAAGAUGUCCUGCGCCAAGAGGAUCCCGAGGAGGAGGCUCCGGGCGAGGCCGAAGAGCAGAGCCACGGCGAAGCAGGCGGCCGGCGCUCUCGCGAGGGUCAUGGUGAGGAAGAGGGCCCGGGCGCUGAGAGAGAUCGUGCCCGGAGGGAGAGGGAUGGACGAGUGCACGUUGCUGGGUGAAACCCUAGACUACGCCGUGUCCCUCAAAGCUCAGGUCGAGGCGAUGCAGCUCCUGUUGAGAACUCUUCAGGCCCCCAAGAACCCUAGUUCGACCAUUUUUCAGGCGGUGUUGGGAAGGCAUCUAAUACAGACUUGGAUUCUCGUGGUCUUUUAAUUUGCAGUGCUGAAGCAUCAGUGAGAGAUCAGAGAUGGGAACUACAUACUGAAAUGUGAUCAAGAUCGUUCAUUCACGGGUAAAACUUCUUGUAAGACGAUGUAGAGUUUUUCCCCCUUCCUCCUCUUCCUUUUCGCUGCUUCAGUAGGCACUGAGAUCAUGAGGCAUAAUGAAGGAUCAUGUGUAUGCAUAUGUACAGUACCAGUGAGCUACUCUGCAUGUAUAUACGGUUACUCUCUAAAGAAGCAAUGCAAGCUAAGCAAGCCGUGCAUAAAUCCAUGCACAGCUAUGUAACCCUUCUCCCUAUCUGUAUUAGGAAGCAAGUUUUGUAGAUUUUGCGCCGUAUUCAGGCGAUAUGUACGUAUCUAUCAUCCGGGAUGCUGUGUAUGUGUGGCAUGUGCAUCCUAUUGUUUGUUCUGUUGCAAGAGGAAAUGUCCAACGCCAAAGAAUACAUUUGGUUGUAUCCACAUGGGCAAUACUAAAGUGUACUCCAAAUUUUCGCAA